AUGACGCUACGGUCACUCGCACACCGGUUGGCAUUAUCAUCCUACCUAGGCUUCGCUCCAGGUCUCCCUUCUUCUCACAACGAUAGGAGCCCUUCAGGAAUGCUCCUUGUACACACCGAUAUCUUAGAGAGAUAUCCGACAGACCAUCCAUGGUACGAAGGUGCCACCUCUUAUAACUCGGUACCCAACUCUGCUGAUCCGAUGCCUGAUGCAGGUAGCCGCAACAACCCCUUGAGCGCACGUUGGUCAAGUCUGUCCAUCCAUUUACCCUUCAAGAAGAACGAAGAAAGAACAGGAAAGCUCAUCCCCCACGAACUUCGCCAGCGGCUGAUCUUCGUUUACUCUCCCGCCGAAACCCUCCCGAACAACGGCAUUUUGGACCCGGGUAUCGGCGGCGGUGGCAAGACGGAUCUGGUCCUCGUCGGCGAGUGCAUUGCCCUGCUGGACGCAUCGCGCGCCCUCGCUGCCUUCGGCAGGCUUCUGCGGUGCCCGAAGGCACCCCGGCUAUCUCCUUCUACGGGCGGCCCGUUUUCACGAGCGGGCCGGACACGGCCCGCCUGGACUCGCUAUACAUACGAUCGUGUUGCCGCAGCCAUCUCCUCGCUCUUCCGACCCUACAGCGGCACCCUCGCCUCACCGUCGUAUCUGGCGGCCGCCCCGACGCGGGUCAGCCCACUGAAUAACGUCGCCCUGCCGGCGUCCGAGUGGGACCACGUGGUGCGGUACCACAGCACACAUGCAGAGAUCGAGCAGGGCUUUGAGGAGAUCAGGGAUGAGGCCUUGGGAGAAUCCAAAGUCACCAAUCAUCAGGCCAUGUCUGGCCAAUGCGGGAAGGCUGGCCAGUUCGAAGUUGUUCUAGAGCCAUACACGGCCCAGGCGACGCUUCCCUCGUGGUAG